AUGGUAAAAGGUCAGGGCAUAUAUGCGUUUGUCACGCUUGUGGAGGGUGUUCCUUACAGUGAAGAGCUUCAUUGGGGCUUUUGCAGCACCGGACAGAAUACAUUGGGCACCGGGUUUGCCAAAGACGAGAAGCGGAAAGAUAAUGAGGAGAAUCCUGAGAAAGAUUGCUUCAAAGCAAUUAGAAGAGCGUGGAGAUAUUAG